AUGAAGCAACAGGAUCCGACCUUGAAGCACAUUCUCGUUGCCGACCUUGGUGGGGGAACCUUCGAUGUCUGCAUUGUUCGGAGAUGGGUGGAGUGGGACGAGAUUCACAUGCUGUUCACGAGCGGGGACGAGCGCUUGGGCGGUGACGACUUCGACCGUGCCAUUGUGGAUUGGGUACUCAAAGAGCUCAAGCCAGAGCUGGCCAAGCGACGGAGGUGGCCAGUGCCGGCUGGAGCUCGCCAGCAGCUGCUGUUGCAAGCGCGAAAGGCCAAGGAGAGACUCUCCAGCAGCGACACUGCCGACAUCGUGCUUGACGAGCUGAAGGUGACGGUCACCAGGGACAGCUUCAGAGUUGUUUGCCUCCACGUACUGCAGCGAAUGUUGCGACCGAUCAGGGAGGCCGCCUACGGGGCGAGUCUGCGACUGCCAUUCGAAAGCCUGGCGAUUGAGACCGUGGACACUGCCCGCAAGGCGAAGAAGAGGAAGAUGAGCGAACAGGACCUCCAAAAAAAGACACAGUCACUGCGAGCCAAGCACAAGAAGACCGAUGUGGAGGAUCGCGAGGAGAUCAUGGUGGACGAAAUCCUGCUCAUCGGUGCAGCAACCUGGACGCCAGCUGUGCGAGAGAUGCUGACGCUGUGCACCGGGGUGCAACCAAGCAGCGCCGUUAUCGAUCCGGAGACGGCUGUGGCGCUUGGUGCUGUGAUCCUCGCAUCCAUCAUGGACAACCAGAUGGUUGACAUGCAGGUACACUCCAACUGGCGCGCAGCCUGGACCCAGUACUUGCUCGAUAGACCAGAGCUGGUCGAGAAGCUGCAGGCCGAGAAGCAGCAGAAGACGGUGUUGGCCGGGACGGUGCCCGAGGGCCAGGAGCAGCCAAGAGCCAAGUUGCGGCCAUGGCGGUCUCAGGCCGAGCAGGCAACUGAUCUGGGCUUAGGUGCAGAUGACAUUGGCAGCGUCAGCCAGCACCUGGCCUGCUUGGUCCUGCUGGCAUUCUCUUCCCUUGCUCCGGCACAGGAUCUGUCCUCGGUUUGCGAUCACGAGGACUACCCGAAUGUCGGGGACAGACUGGAGAUUCGAGACGGCGAGACGGUCUAUAGAGACAUCCGGCCCAACAAUACCCACUUGUGGUUCUACAAGAACGAGGAUGUGAUUACCAUGAACCAACCGGACCAGUACCGCAAGGUGAUCAUCAACCUUGAGCCGUGCCGUGGGGUGGUGUAUCUUUUCGUCCGCAAGACACGGAGAUGUUAUCCUAACCCCUACAGUUGCAUCGAUACAAGGCCCGGAUUCGAGAGGAGGGAUGCCGCCCUGUGCAAAUGGACACACUUCUUGUCUGAAAUUGAUGGAAGCCGGGACGGAUCUCCAACCUUUUUUGAAGUGCCGCUGUCUUCCACAAAGCACUUCAUUGCAGUUUACUCUCCGGACAACUCUGCCUACACGCUCACGAUCCUCGCAGACAUUGGCCGCUUCCCCCGUCCUGGUUCAAACGGACGGCUGACUGCCAGGCAGCUGUCGGAGCUCCAGGUGCAGCUGUCCUGGGAUGCUGCCGGAUUUAUCCCUGAAGGCGUGGCACAGGCAAAGCAGUACUGGGUCUACUCCUCUAUGCUUCUCGAGUCGGACAACCGAACCAACAUGGCCGUUUUUCUGCGGCCAGAUAAGAUCAUGAACACUGUCUGUGGCCUGCAAAACAACACGGACCGCCAAUACACCAUUGUACCAGCUGAUCAGUGCAGCAAUGGCAAGUGCAACGUUACGAUCGAUGGAGUUCUCACCGACAAGAGGUAUGUCUUCAACGUCGUAGCCGAAUCGACCACGGGAAGUCACCGCAUGGCCUAUGCCGGUCUCAUCAUGCGCACAGACUGGGAGGUCAUCCGGCAAGCUGCCUCGGAUCGAACUUUAAGGGUGGUGGGAGCAGUGUCUGGCAGCGUCCUGGGCAUGGUGAUCAUCAUCUACUUCCUCAUGCUGAAGCUCUACGGCUGA